AAGAAAUUAUGAGAACAGUGGCACCAACUUACCUGUGUCACACAUGUCUCAUGAGAACUUAUCUCACUAGGAUUUGGAUUCAGAAGUAUGUGUUCCUGAAGACUGUCCUCCUGGAAGGGAUAGUGCAGCAGGUGGCAAAAUUAACAAGAAUAAUAAACGGGAUAUUUCGGUUAUGGAGUUAUCCUCUUAAUGAAGGAAGUACCAUGGAGAAUAGGGAAUUCAAAACAUCUUCAGUGGAAACUGGUUUUAGUGUAACCAGUCCUGUAAGGCUCUUCACUCUGAACCACUCAUUAAGCACUUCAGUUGCUAAGCAAGUUGGUCUGUACCCUGGACUGCCAAUGCCACUGGUUCUCUGCUGGCCCUAUGCUAAUGGAGACUUUUUUAAAGACAGAAAUGAGAUUCAUGUUAAUUCACAUUCAGCUGUAGAAAAUAACAAUGGUGAAACUUUACCUGCUCCAAAUUGGAAUUUGAAAUAUGGAAACAGCAGUGUGGAAGAAAAUUUAACAGAUGAAAGUGAUUUAUCAGAAAAUGAGAAAGCAAAUGAUACUUUGCUCGGCUAUUUUAAAAAGAUGGACCUGAACUUAAAGCCAGAAACAAUAGAAAAUGUUGAAGAACCUUUUACCGAGGAACCAAAUGAAGUAUUUCCAUAUUCUGAUUUUCUCCCUCCUCCUUUCAAUACUCUGGACUUGCACAAAUUAGCCCUCUCAAAAUCUGAAAAUUGGAAGGCAACAGUGGAACCUCCAGAAAGCUCUACUGAACAUUUGAUAACUCGCUUACUGGAACUGGAAAGAUUACAACAUACGACUAUACAAAAAGAGAGGCCAAGACUACAAACUACUUUCUGUACUCCAGCAGUUACUGAACGACCUUCUUCCUCCAAAGCUAUACCAAAAGUGAUACAGCCAAAACUAUCUGACUCCUUGAGUCUUCAGAUAUCUUGUAUAGAUAAAAGUCAAGAAAAAAAAAAUUCUGUUUCUUGCAAGCUUGAGAAAAAUGCUUCAAAAUGGAAUUGGAGCAAUGCUAGCAAAUACAAAUGGAAUUAUAUACCACCAUCUCUAAAAAGUUCACCCAGCACAAAACAAUUGUUUGCAACUUACGAUUAUUUUAAGAAUCCCAAAUAUUCUACCUUAAAUCAAUGCCAAGAACUCUCAUCCAAGCCUACUACUUCCCAAGCAACUCAAUCACUGAUUAAAAUGGUCACCACAAGAUGUCUGCCACAAAGAUCUCCAGUGCCAGUUUCACCUGUACCUCUGUCUUUUCCUGGAAACCAGAAGGACGAAACUAAGGCACCAAGGACCAAAAAGAAAUUUUACCGAAAAAAUAUAGGGUUAAAUAGACCAUUUUAUAUUCAGAAGCUAAACUGUUUGUCACCUUCCUUUAUUGCUAAGGAUAAGUGCUUACCCGUUGACCAAAAAUAACUUUUCUUUCACACAUCUCAGUGUGAGCAAAUCGUUUCCAAGAAACCUGACUAAAAUAUGGUGGAUUAUUCUGAGAUACAGGUAUUAAACCCCCAAAAAAUCAUACAGAACAAUUGCUUGAUGUGAUAUGGAGUGAAAUUUGUGGGAAUCACUGCUGAGGUAUCUAUAUAUAAAUCUAUAUAUAAAUCAAAAGGGCUUCUAUUCUGACUUAUUUGAUAAUCUUUUGCAUAUUUUGUUUCAAAGAAAUGUUUCACUUAGACUGAUUCAAAAGACUCAUCUUCUGUAGUGAUUGUUUCCUAGUAUAAUUCUAUCAAUAAAUGGUAUAAUUGA